UUUUCCUAACUCAAACUUCAUAAACUUAGACAUUCGUCCAACAAAAAAAUAAAAGAACAUUCAUUAACUCGGUGAAUACAAAAUUGUAAUCUUAAGAUAAUAACAAAAAAGAAACAGAUACCAAGUUAUCAACCCAACACAUAAAAAGAUUGAACAACAAUACAACAUAGUAAGUUCAAAAAUUCAAUCUUAAGAUUAUAAAAAUAUAAAAAAUAAAAAAUAGCAAACAAACAAAAUUCAAUCUUAAUAACUGGAAUCCUGCAUCCCUUCCCCUGGUUUCCCGAAAUCAACAUCUUUUAUAUUUAAAAAUUAUAACUUUUAUUUAAAAGAAAACAAUAUAUUGUACAUAAAUAAUACAGUAGUUUCAUACAAAAUUGAUAAGAUAAAAACAAUUCUUCAAGUCGAAAAUUAACUGAAAACCAACCCAUCUUUCAUAGAUCAUCACGUCAUCAACCUUAUAAUCAUAUAUUCGAAUAUAAAACACAAAUUUGGAACUUUGUCACAAUUCAUAAAAACCCAGAAUUAUAAUAAUUUCAAAAAUUAAAAUAAAAAACCUUCUACAUCUACAACACACAAAACAAAAAGAAGGGAAAUUACCAAAAUCGCCCACAUAACACAUGAUGAAUAAUAAUGAUAGUAUUGGAAAUUGAGGAUGAAGAUGAAAUAAAGUUUAUCUUUCUCUCUCAUCUUCUAAUCGCCGAACUAAUUUGGAAAUGCAGAGAGAGCUUUGCAUUUUGCAACUGUAACUUUCUAAGUUCUAACGGUCGGAAUUUUGGGAGAAGAUUUUUUUUUUUUGACGGAAGGGAGACGAUAAGCAGUAGAAGAUCUUCACAUUAUUCCCUAAAAAAAAUCUGCAUAUUAUUGAUUAUUUAAGUAAACGGUUUUUAUUUCCUCAAAAAAAAUUAAGGGGUUUCUAUUUUAUGGGCAUGUCGGUAAAAGUCCAUGUAAAUGGGUUCAAAAGAAAUCUUGCACUAAUCUGACCCAUUUAAUAAUAACCUAUUUUUUCGUAUUACGGUGUAGCUUGAUCAAAUUUGAUCAAGGUGAAAGUUUCCAGAAUUUCAAAUCUUUUAAAGAUUUUUUAAUUUCUUCCAAAAAGUUUAUUACAACCUAGGUAUUGAUCUUGUUGAAAGCCCGAGCCUCUACCCAUUUAGUGAAGUAAUCAAUCACCACUAGAAUAUUUAUGCUUUUUAGAAGAUGCUGGGUUAAUCUCCCCUAUGGCAUCUAUUGCCCAUCCUAUGAAGUUUUGAGGCUGGGGCCCUACUAAUAGGUCCAAAUCUCUAGCGUCUUUUGCAACCUUAAGCAUAAUCUAUACAAUCCUUUCUCAUGGUGGGCGAAUAGAAGCCAUGCUUGUGUAACAACCUUCUCAUUUUUAGGCCGUUUUGACGAGCUCCACAUAACCCUUGGUGAAUAUCCACCAUGAGGGUUAGAGCUUCUCCGGCAUCCACACAUCUUAACAGUAAUCCUUCUAGAUCCCUUCUGUGUAGUUUACCGAAUUGUAUACAAAACUUAGUUAUUGCCAUUUUGACUCUAUUUGACACUUUUUUCCUAGUUGGGUUAUGCAGCUACUAGAUACUUUCAUCUCUCCAGUCCUUUUUCUCUCUUAAUAUUGAGAUUCUAUUGAUUUCCAAUAUAUUUUCUGAUCCUUCCUUAUCAGUCUCCCUGAUAGGCUCUAGGACUUCACCCUGGAGAAUGAUAUCUUCAUUUUUUGAAGGUAUCUCCUUUCUAGCAGAGGCUAUUUGAGACAGUUGAUCUACUAUUUUAUUUUCUUCUCUUAGAAUGUGUAUAAAAUUGAUUUCCUUAAAUUGUUUAGAUAAUUUUUGUGCUACCUUUCCACACUCAUGUGAUACUGAUGUUAUACUCUAGAAUUCUUCAUUCAUUUGGUAAAUGACCAACUGAAAAUCUCCAUAUAUCUUUGCUCUUUUGGCUCCCAAUUCUAGCAGCAUCUCUAGUUCAAUUAUUAAAGCUUCAUAUUAUGUUCUAUUGUUGAUACAUGGACCUUUGAGGAUUACUGUUAGCUUAAUUGGGAUCCUGCCAUGAGAUAAAAUAUAUAUCCCAGCUCCUGUUGUUUCUCUAGUGUUGGACCCAUCAAAGAAUAAGGUCCAUGGAAGGGCAUCUUCAUCAAUGAUUCUCGAGUCACAACAAUGAUGGAUGCCAACAGCAAAAAGGAGAAGACAGAGGACAUAGGAGAUGUAAAAUUCAUGGAAUAAGUAGAGGGUGUUGCAAUCAACGACGAAGAAUCUCCACCGUAUGCGGCUAUUUUGAGCGACGACAACAUUUCCACCGUAGUCCUUGUAUAGUUCACAAUCGUGGUGCUGAUAUUUUCCACGACCCUUGGUCUAAGGUUUAAGCAAGAUCUAAGAUGAGCUAAUUAAACCUUCAUCGUUACUUAUGCUGUUUAUACUCCACGUGGAUCUAUAAAUAGAAAGUCAGAGAGAUAACAUAAGUCAUAAGAGAGAGAGAAUGAAGUGGCAUAAGGAGGAAUUAGAUGUGAUCCUGGUUCCAGGAGGGCUUAUAAUUAUGUUUGGGUAUCAUAUUUUCUUGUUAUACAGAUACCUCAGAAAUCCAAAGUGCACAGUUCUUGGGUUUGAAAACCACUGCCAAAAGGCAUGGGUUAAGAAACUUAUGCAGAUUGAUGCAAUGAGUAGAGGACCAGCUUUCACAGUAAUGAACAGCACAAUAACGGCAUCAAAUUUUAUGGCAUCCACCUCUUUGACCCUAAGCUCUUUUAUAGGAGCAUGGGUGGGAAGCUCUUCAAGCAAUGAAAGAAUCACAACAAUUAUCUAUGGAGAUACAAGAAUAUCAGUUACUUCCAUCAAAUAUAUCAGCAUUCUCUUGUUUUUUUUGCUCGCAUUCGCGUCUUUCGUCCAAUCUUCAAGGUGUUAUGUGCAGGCUAACCUCCUCUUAAGCAUGCCAAAGGCUGAGGUUCCUGAAGAUUUCGUCGUCGAGGCCUUAAUUCAUGGUUUAAAUUUCUGGCAGUUGGGUUUAAGGGGAAUUUAUUUUGCUAUAACAAUGUUGAUGUGGAUAUUUGGUCCAAUUCCUAUGUUUGUUUCGUCGGUUGCUACAGUGGUAGUUUUGCAUGUUCUUGAUGCUAAUAAGAAGUAUUUGCAUGAUUUUAAUGAGUCAACUAGGAAAGAAGAUGAGAGAAUGAAAGGUGUGGCUGAGCGUUUUGUGCAGCAAGGAAGGCCAGGUGAUGGUAAUUGUGUACUUCAAGCUACGGUACUUAACACAGCAGUGCUGUCUACCGCUACUGUUUCUUAA